AUGUCCUUGCAAACCCCAAGUGAUCUGCCUGUGCAGGUCAUCGUGCCAAACGACACCAACCCAUCCGGGGCCCCUCUACUCUCUGCAGAACGUCGAAUUACACCGUCGUGGACCGUCGCGCAAUUAAAGGCCAAGCUCGAGCCCAUCACAGGAAUCCCCGCGUCCAGCCAGUCUCUGCGUACCAGGUCCUUGCUCGACGGCACAUGGAUUCCAAUCGACAACGACGGCGACCUGCUCUCCACUCCACGAUACGGACUGAAGAAGGGGUCUGAGAUCCAAAUCAUCGACCUGCGUCCCCGGCACGAGCGACAUAAUCUGAACUUCCUCGCGGCCGAUCUGAGUUCGGUCGAGAAGUACCAAAUGCCCGAGCACCAGUACGAGAAGCUCGAGGACUCGGUGCUCGCGUGGAAGCGGCGGCAGAAGCUCGGCCGCUUCGACCCCACCGCCAAGUCGCAGGACCAGGUUGUGCAGGACCGGCGGAGGAAGGACGGGGAGGAGAUGGCAAGCCGGGGGAUCCGCACGGGGCUGAGAUGUCGCGUGGGCAGGGAUGACGGCAAGCGGGGCGUCGUCCGGUUCACGGGCGAGGUCCCCGGACUGGGCGGGCUGAGGGAGGAAGGUUGUCUCUGGGUCGGCGUCGAGCUGGACGAGCCGGUGGGGAGGAAUGACGGGAGCGUGCCUACGAGACGGGUGUUUGAGUGCCGGCCAAAGUAUGGCGUGCUGGCGAGGCCGGAGAAGGUCGAGGUGGGCGAGUUCCCGCCUCUGGAUGACUUGGUGGACGAGGAUAUGGAGGAGAUUUGA